UGUUUUGAUUCUGUGGGUAUUGACGAAAUAAAUAGCAAUCUCAAUAGUGCAAGAAUUGUGUCGGGCUCUCAUUACAUUCAAGUCUAUAAACUUGGCUUCAAACUUAUCCUGAUCUGUAAGGCACAAGGUGAACCUCGGCCAACGAUCAUGUGGCACAAAGAUAAUUGUGACUUACAGCCUAAGUAUAAUGUUCACGUGAUCAAAAACUUCAUAUCGAGUAAACUAGAAAUCGAACCUGCAAUGAUCGGUGAUCAGGGAGUCUAUACGUGUGUUGCAAACAACAGAUAUGGUACUAUGACAAAAAGUAUUAAAGCUGAGUACUCACUGGAACACUGA